ACCCAGUGUGUUCACGCGGCGUGGACACACAACACUGAUAUCAGUAGAACUUAGGUGGAGGGCAGCACAAGAGGUAGCUGGGCUGGUGGUAGUGAAAGCUCGCCCUAGGACAGACCAAGCGGUAGAAUAGCAGACUUACCUAGGAGCAGAAUAGCUGAGCUGGGUCAAUCUAGCCUAGUGGCGAACAGACCAGAAUUUUGGAAAUUACGGGGCCACAAUAGUGGCGGAGAAGACACUCAACUGACUUGGUUUGGCCACGAAACAUAACGUCGGUUAGGUGCCCUGAUCCAUAGGAUUCUUCGAGAGCCAAUCGAACCGGUGGAACUUCGGAAGGCGGAGAAGAUCCAUGCUUCAGAAGACCCGUAGUAGUCAUAAUGUCUACUUCGGCCACAGUGACGCUCACCCUCAAGAGUAAGCCCAAGAUCCAACCUCCACAAACUACACCGAGGUCGUCGGGUUCAGCUGUCAAGCUGAAACUCACCAAAACGAACGGUCAGGCGGCUACUCCAGGUGCUGGCUCUCCAGCACAAGCAGCUACUGUGACGCCUUCAGCGUCCAACGCUGCGCCGUCACUGUCUGUGCCUGCCUCAGCGACAACGCCAACAACGGAACGCAAAUCGCCCCCAAAAACUGGCACGGGGGUUACACCGAAACUUGUACGCAAAGCAUCACUGUCUUCCCCAGCUCAGUCGGCCACUGCAAGCAACGAGAGGACCGACGAAGGGAUUGCUCCGCCACCAAGGGCUAAGGUCUUGUCCCGUUUUCCUUUAAAACGAAACAGUUUCGAUAAGUCUGCUUUUGGCGUUGAGCUCAGGAGCGUCAGAGACAGGUCAACGUUCUUUUCAAAAGAAGUCAAAAAACAAGAAUCGAAGUGUAAUGGGGAUGCGUCCAGUACGCAGUCCGAACAACAACAACAGCAACAGCUUCCUGAACCGAAUUCGCAAGUGGCCAAAAGCGAAACUGAUUCAGCUCCGGUAAUGCAAGUUACUAAUGGAGUAGUCAGUCACGAGAGCUCGACCACAGUCGGUCUUCAGACGAACGGCAGGCGUGCUACCAGUAAAGAGCAAGCGAAAACCAGCAUAACUGAGAAUGGCCAAUCAGUUUUUAAAAAUUCUCAGGAAAAUAUUACGGCAAAAAUGAGUAGCACAAGCAUUGUCGAAGGGUCAAAAAAAACAGUACUCGGCAGGAAAAGCCUUCUCCAAAAAUCGGUGAAAAAAAAGAGUCCCACAUCCGCAGACCGACUAACGACCACUCAAUCCGAAGAGGUUACGAGCGUCGCCGCAGUGCUACCCCCGGAUCCAGCGAUCUCUAAUGGAACCAACAAAAAACAGGCUCCGGUACGAUCUACCAUCAUAGCAGACGCAGCAGGCCACGAAAAACAAGCGUCGGCUUCCGUGGCCACUAGCAGCAACUGUGGCACCAAGCUGAUGAAGAAUUUAACGAAGUUAGCAACGGCGGGGGCAAUCGCGAGCGUUGAAGAGGAAAAAGAAAGUACAAAAUCCAGCCGCAUGCCAUCACCGCCAAUGGGCUCCGCCGAAGCAGACUCUUCAUUGGUGUCGACUAUAUCUGAAGAACGGAUUUCGGUUGACGAUAUUGAGGAAGCAUCUUCAAGUUCGACUCUCACUCCAGCACCAUCCGAGGAGCGCGAGCUGGUGCAAAACAACGCAAUUGAGACGACGACCUCUACAACCGAUAUGGUUACGACUACAAUAACGACCAUGUCGACAUCAGCUACGUUAAUAGGCAGCGCGACAGCCUCAUCGUCAGGCAAAUCAUUUCAGGCUCGGCCUAAUGUACAUACAAGUAGCACAAAUAAUAGCAAAAGUCAGCCUAGUGAUUUUGAUAAUGCUAGUAGUAAUAGUGUCCCAGUCGUUGAUGGCUGCCCAGUGGCUGCAAGCCCGGAAACCUCGGAUGCCGAUGAGGUCACAGCAGCUGUAGAAGCAAGUUCAGCCCCGAUCGCGGCGUCGAUUGAAUCCGCAUCGCCGUUACUUAGAGCCGAGGCAAAAACGCCGCACCUAAUAAACAGCAGCCUUGAUGUUACUAGUUGUGUCUCGAUGGCAAACGUGGCAGCAGCAGAGUUAACGACAACUGGUACAUCAGCCGUAACAGAAAGACGGAUGAGCGCAGAAACCGGGGCGAUCCCAAAAGACACUACAGCAACGAGGCUGUCAAAAGCCGAAAGUUCCUCUGGUGGGGCAAACACAAUAGAAAAAGAAAGUGUGGUACGAAACAUGAAGAACGCCACAACCACGGCAAUUGGAAAGACUCUGCAAAAGCCACUCAAUAUUGCACAGAAGAUAAUCGAAGCCGCUUUACAGAAAUCUCCAAGUGGCGCGGUAUCACAGACACCAUCAUUGGUCCGUAACACGCAGCCGAUGCCCAGCAUGGGCUACUCUGCCACUGCUUCUCAGGUGACGGCCGGAACCAUUAUUCCAUUUCUGUACGCGGGAUCGCAGACGGAUCGGACUCAGCCUUUUGCGCCAGGUGGUCAGUCGCAGCCUCUUUCAAGACCAUCGUCCGUAAUGGCGAAUAUACAAACAGUCGACAUCAGAAACCUAGGUCGGUUGCUUCGAAGUCCGACACCGCGGCCGCUUUCGGUUCUUGAUGGAGUCGACCCUCGUGAAACGGAGUUGAAGGACGCAUUUACCGAUACGGCCUCAUCUUCAGGUGUGAGCUGCUCGUUAAGUGCACAUUCAUUGGCCACGACGAUAGCACAGUCUCGUUCCACCAGUCCCGAAUCGCUUCUCUCGAUAUCCGCUGCCCCUUCGAGACAUGGCUCGAAAAAGGUUGAACAUUAUGAGCUGGGCUCCUCGCAAGGCCAGGCUGGUCAGCAAAAGUUCGAAACGUUCGAACAUAAGCAAAAUAGACUCGAAGCUGACCUGAAGGAAGCUCAAUACUCUCUCGGCCGCGAGAGAGCUCAGAUUUUGCAGCUUCAAGAGGAACUUCACCAAAUGCGCCAAGAACGAAACGAGGCCCAGCAGCGGCUGGAGGCGGCCAUUGCGGACGCUGUGCGUAAAGAGAAGCUGGCGCAUCGCCUGCAGCGGGAAUUAUCGGAAACUAGUGCACAUGAGGACACCGCCGAAAUUGAGGUGGGUAUCCUCAAACGCCACCAAACACACUUGGAAGAAGUAAUGAGCAGUCAGAAAGAAGACCUUGAAGAUCUACAGUCCCAGCUGCACAUGCUACGUGAACAAAAUAAGCAUCUUGAGGACCAGAUCAAGAAACAAGCUGAUAGAUCUACACAGGAUAUCCAGCACAAGGAUCGUGAGCUCGAGCAGCUGAAGACGGCGGCUCAGAAGGAGGUAGCCCAUUAUCAGCAGUUGCUAAAGGAGUGCCAAGAUCAGCGAAGAGAACUGUUGCGCAAAAAUACUGAACUUCAAGAUAACCGACAAGACCUCAUCGAAAAGGUUCACGAAUUGGGCGAUCAAGCCGGGAUUGAGAAACGGCUUAAGCGUUGCCUUUAUCGAACUCUUGUACUGCUACGCGAUGCUCGCGUCACUAUCGAGCAUAUGCGGGUCACUCAACCCACUCGAACGCAGAUCAGCAAGUUGCGACAAAAGGCCGAGGAAGCGGACCAGCUAAAGGAGAUCGCCGAACGUGCGAAAGAAUCCGCUGUAGCUCAGGGUGAACAACUCGAGCAAGCUCUGGAACAGGUCGUUCAGACGCGGCAUUUCCUGCAGACCCGAGUUGAUAAGCUCUCCCACGAAAAUAAACUACUGCAAAGUCAGGUCGAUGACCUGGUGCUGGAAAACGCUGAACUCGACAACCGAUACAAAAAGCAAGUGUCGAUCAACUCCAGUGAACAGGAGUCUCGAGAAGAGUCGGCAACGAAGAUCGUCAAACUGGAGGCUCAAGUUGAGACUUUGGAAUCGCGACUGCAACAGCUCCGUUUCGAGAAGCAGGUCGAAGAAGACAGCCGCGUCAAUUCCGUGCUGAAUUCAUUUGAGACUCGCACGAAUCAGCUAGAACUCAAACUAGAAACAGAGAAGUUGGACAAGCACAAAUUGCAGGGACAAUUUAACCGAUUGUCAGACCAGAUGGAGAACGCCCGGCGCGAACUCGACGCAGCCCAGAAAAGGGAGGCCAGUCUACAAAUCACAACGACAAAUCAGCAGCGAUGCCUCCUGGAUAUGCGUCGCGAGCUGGCUGAAGCGCGCGAUCGAAACUGUCAAAUGAGGAUGGAAAGACAAACUCUAGAUUCUCAGCUAGAGGAGCUGAUUGAGGAAGUGCGGCACCUUCAGACAUGCCUUCGGGUCGCAAAUCAGAGGAUUCGAGAUCUCGAAAUUGCUCUUGAGACCACUGACCCUAUCCAGAUCGAAAACAUCAUGGAAAGCAUCAUUGAGGAUUCGAAUAGCGACGACUACGAAGACGCCGACGCUGGUGACCAGGGUCUCUCGUGAUCGUUUUGACGAUCCAUUGUCACCACCUCCUAAGGCAAUCUCAGUCUUCUUCCGCCAACCAGCGACAGCCACUGUCCAAGCCAUUACAGCUGGUUUGAUGCUUUGGCAUUUUUUUUGUUCGUCCACGCAGAGCAGUUCGCCUUCCAACUGUGCAAUUUCCGCAGUUAUAAAACAUACGGAAAAAAAUCGUAGGAAAAUUAAUUUCAGCGAUGGCAAAACCUAUCAAUUCUUGUUCCACCUACUGUAUCCGAUAGCCCCUUGAUGUGCGUGUAUCAAUCGCUACUCUUUUGUUUUUUGUAUGAAUAAACACAGUAAUUCAU